GUCAUUUCUCAUUAGGGUUAGCCUUGGUCCUUGGAAGCCUCCCAGCCCUCCCCGCACGGCCGCACUUGGUUUCAACCGCAGCGUCGUUUCCCUCUUCCUGAAUGGCUGAUCUGAAAUGCAUUUCUGACUCUGAUCUUGAUCUCUUCAUCAUGACCAAUCGAUCUGGCCGCCGCCGCGAGGGAUACCUCUCAUUCGCCGCCGACGAGCUCCCUAUCCUCUCCGGCAAGACUCCAUUGCAAGCCUUUGAAGCCUUCUUCGCAAGCUUCCACGAUUCCUUCUCCGAUCUCUUCGGUUCCAUCAUGUCAUCACGGAUUUCAGGAUUUCAGGAUGUGAUGAUGACCGGACGGCGAGCUCUGGUACUCAUCGAUCCUGGCGAAGGAUACUAGAUCAAAGAUAGCCAAUGUCCCAUCCAAGGUGUUUGACGUUUUGCCUACGAGAAUCUCCGGGAAGAACUUGCUCGUGGAUGCGUGGCACCGGAACCGUGCACUCCCGGCAGAGCUCAUGGCCAGGUACCGUGACUACGACACGAUCGCGGGAAUGUUCGCGAAGAACUCGUGCGGUUGUGGUGCCAGGAAUAGGAUCCGGAGAGGGCCAGGUGGGAGUUUCUUCUUGUUGUUGAUUUCAUGGUUGUGGUGCCAGGAAUAGGAUGAGAGUGGGGAUGAAGGAGUUGGUGAUGAGAAUGAAGAGCCAGAGCUCCAUUGUUGCUGCUGUUUUUUCUUCUUGUUGUUGGCAUGGCUUUUCUUUGAUUUAUUUAGAGUUCAUCCCCAUGGUUUUUUCUUCUUCUUGUUGCCUUGUUGGCAUGGCUUUACACUCUAAAUGACUGAAUUGGAAUGUUUAUGUAUGAAUUUUGUUUAAUUCAUCGCGUUGGACCAUUGGUAUUGAUUUUACUCAA